AUGUCUUCAUCGGUGUUGUUAAUAUCACUGCUAAUGGGAUGUAUAGUUGGUUUUGUGGCCUUUCAAAUUGACCACAAGGUCUAUUGUAGUCUGCCCUAUUGCGGAAAUAACAAUAUAGUGUGCCAAAAAGCUGUGAGAAUAGGUACUAGACUGGUAGACUUGGACAGUAAGCAAAAGGAUACACUGCUUCAUACCGUGAAUGAAUUUCGGAAUAGGGCGGCCCAGGGACUGACCCGAACUCUUCAUGCCGCUGGGAAAAUGGCGAGGAUUUUAUGGUCCUCUGAGCUGGAAUACUUUGCCAGAAUGGACGUGAUGAGCUGCAUGCCCACGCCGCGUCCCUGUAUGACUUCCCCGAAUUUUCCCAACAUGGGCAGCAUCUUCGAUACUGAUGGUUAUAUGGGACCCAAGCUGCAGAGCUUCGGUCGUAUGAUGAAUAUGAUCACAAAGUGGACAAAGGAAGGUCGCUAUGUGACCCGUCAGCAAACGGUAUUCCUAACCGAUCGCCGUGAUCAAAGAUCCGUUUUUCGACCUGCUCUUCUGAUGGCCGAUCGCAACACUCAUAUGGGCUGUGCAGCAGUCAAGUUUUCCUACCAGCGUUUUAACUAUUUGUACAUGAGUUGCACCUUUGCCACCGUAAACAUCCUGGAAGCCCCCAUCUACAGGGUCGCUCAAAAACCCGGGAUAUUCUGCAAGGAACGCGAUGAGUAUUACAAAAAUUUGUGUGCUACUACAGAAGAAUAUCCGGAGAACAAGAAAUACGUUGAAUUGACCAAAUAUAUGACGUAA